UUAAUUGGCAAAAAAAUGAAACUUUAUGAAUUCGUCAAGAUGGCUUCUUCUAAAAGCGCCAACACUUAUAACCGACUUAACUGGGAAGAUGCCGAAUUCCCCAUUGUAUGCCAGACAUGUCUUGGAGAAAUCCCUUACAUUCGAAUGAUGAAGGAUAAGUACGGUAAAGAAUGUAAGAUUUGUGCGCGACCUUUCACCGUGUUUCGCUGGUGCCCCGGACCGAAAAGCCGCUUCAAAAAGACUGAGGUGUGUCAGACGUGUGCUAAGUUGAAGAAUGUAUGCCAGACAUGUCUCUUGGAUUUGGAUUACGGGCUACCAGUUCAAGUUCGUGACCAGGCUUUGGCUAUUAAGGAUGAGGUGCCUAAGAGCGAUGUCAAUAAAGAGUACUACCAACAAAAUGUGGAAUCUGCAGUGGCCGCGGCAGAUCCUAGCCGGCCAUAUGGGCAACUGGCGAAGGCACAAGCUCCAAGCGACUUAUUAGCGAGAAUGGCACGAACAGCCCCGUAUUACAAGAGAAACCGGCCACACAUCUGCUCGUUUUGGGUAAAAGGCGAAUGCAAACGUGGGGAUGAGUGCCCCUACCGUCAUGAAAAGCCAACUGAUCCAGACGACCCCCUGGCAGAUCAGAACAUUAAGGACCGUUACUACGGUAACAAUGAUCCUGUUGCUCACAAACUUAUGCAGCGUGCACAAGCGAUGCCACGAAUCGAACCUCCUGCUGACAAGAGCAUCACCACCUUGUACAUUGGAAAUAUUCCUAGGGAGACUACGGAACAAGAUAUUCGGGCACAUUUUUACCAGUUUGGUGAGAUUCGGUCGAUUCACGUGGUCGAAAAGCAAUCGUGUGCGUUUGUAUGUUUUCAAUCGAGAGCCUGUGCUGAGUCGGCUGCCGAACGGUCAUUCAACAAGCUCCAACUUCACGGACGUCGAGUGAACGUCAAAUGGGGUCGUAGCCCGGCAAGGGAAGAGGCAUCUACGAGCCAGACUUCGGCGCAUGGCGCCUAUAGUGGUUCACUGGCUACUCCACCGUAUGGAACCGCAGCACCCGAAAACUCAGGGAAUGCAGGCAAUCCAGCCUCUGCUUUGGCACCGCCUCCAUUUCCUCCCGGCAUGCUGCCACCGCCCGGAGUCGGGCAAAUGUAUUACCCUAGUAUGGACCCGAGCCGAAUGGGCACGUAUAACUAAGUGACAUCUGUGUCUCGCGUAUUGUAUUCAG